UCCUCAGAUGUUCAAACAGAUUUAAUGAGAGAACAAAGCUGCUGAACGCGGGUCGACUUUAAACACAUCUUGGAAAGUAUUUAAUACAUGAAUCUAAAAUUUCAUAGAAACCAUUUUAAAUGUCCAGAGUUUGUGCCUAACCCUGACCGAGUGUGAAGCAGAUCCGAGCCGGUGCAGCAGAAGGUCCUGAUGGUUUCACAGCAGAUAAUCAGAACAUACGACCAAACCCAGCGCCUGAGCUCCUCUGAACCUUCUGUCAGAGUCCAGAUGUGGUCCUUGUGCUCAUGAAUCCCUGACGUGUUUGAUCCAAAGACAUCCAGCGUCAUGAAGCUGCAGAGCAGAACUCAGCCAGAAUCAUGACAAAUCAGUCGGACUUUAUUUUUACAGCACAUUGCAUACAAACAGAAACACAAAGAGCUGUGCAGAACAAAAGGCCCGGCCCGUCCGGGACCGGCCUGUUAGAGGUGAGAAACACUGAGCAGACGGAUCAGUCAGAACCUCAGAACUACAAAGUCAGACAGUAAAUACAAAUAUAAAACACAUAAAAUCGACUAAACUGUGUGAAUAAAUAGAGUAAUAAAUGAAAAUAAUAAUAAUUAGGAGUCCCACUGAUAAGGCAGGUCUUUAAAAAAUAAAUGUCUGUAAACAUUUCCUUCGUGUUUCUGCGUCGAGCUUCAACAUGUGAAUGUGAGCAGGCUGAUGUUUCUGAGGAACGUUAAAGUCAAAGAGCAGCUUGGUCCUGAUGGAGGUCUGCUGUCUACAGUCACGUCUUCAUAAAACAUUUCAAAACAGGAAUAGAUCAACACACGAAUAUGAAUAAAAAAGAAAAUCCAGCUGAAGAGUCGUCAGAGUCGAGCAGCGACUUCCUCCAGUGUGAGCAGAGCCGGAUGUAGCUUCUGUGCUGAUCUGUUUUCCAGGAGUUUCUCAGCCUGAAGCUUCACAUGGAGAGAGACUGAAGAUGAUGGAGGCAGCUCGACCCAGAAGACGACCAAGUGUCUGCAGUUUGCUGCUGCUGAUGAGUUUGUUCCUUCCGGCUUCCACACUGCUGGAAGAUGCCAAAGCUGAACAGCCGCCGUGUCCUCACGGAGACUAUCGGACCGAGGAGGGAGUCUGCUGCAACAAAUGUUCUCCAGGUUUUAAGCUGGUGGAGAAGUGCCACGCUACGGGCCAGAGGAGCAACUGCACCGCCUGCUCUGACGGAGAGUUCACUGACCAGAUGAACUUCUUUCCAAACUGCAAACGGUGCCGACGCUGCCAAUUGAGGAAGCACCAGGUGCAGGAGAAAGCAUGUGAGCCCCACCAGGACACUAUCUGCCGCUGCAUGCCGGGUUUCUACAAGUUCAGGAUCGACUCGGAGACGUCCGAGUGUCGCAGAUGUUCAACGUGUGGCCCAGACGAGCCGGAGAAGCAGACGUGUUCCCAGAACACCAACACCGUGUGUGGAUGCAAAGGGAACUACUACAAGCACAGGGGAGUGUGUGAAGCCUGUAAGAAGCCACUGCUGAGGACGUUCUACGACACUGUGGUGGCAUCAGUGGUGUGCUGGGGAGGGGGUGCUCUGAGCGGGUUAGAGCAGACUGAUCAGAAGAGCCAGCUCAGUCUGUGGCUGCCCCUGGACUCCAUGGAGGUGGUAGGAGAGAGGAGGGCCCUGGCCAGACUGUCUGCCAUCAUAGAAACACCUCCCAGCCUGCAUCAGACUGUCAACUCCUCAGCAGUGUGUUCAGCGACACACUGUUACACCCAAAGUGUAAGAAGGAACGUUUCUGCAGGUCCUUCAUCCCAACAGCAGUCAGACUUUACAAAGCUGCACUAUGGACUCCUCUGGUACCUCUGGUACCUCUGGUACCUCUGGUACUGCUGCACUUUGUCCACCAAUAAACCCACUGUGUGCAGUAACCAUGACUACCUCAUCUUGUUUUCCUUCACAGCUGAAGCCUGUGAAGGCGUCUGUGUGGUAGUCGGUAAACUGGUGGUUCUGUGUCUGCAGAAGUCUCUGAUCUACAGCGAGGAACCUCCGGAGAGCCUGAAGGCCGUCGCUCUGAUCUGUGAGAUGGAGCCGGAGGUGUCCAACCUGCCCGACUGUGUUCCUCUGGAGAUCAGGAUACCAGAGCUCAUCUACAUGGUGCUGGAUCUGGUUCCGGUGCUGCAGGUGAAGCAGCUGGUCCGAUGCCUCGGCGUGAAGGACAUGGAGAUCGAGCAGGUCGAGCUGGACCACCGGUCCUGCAGGGAGGCCCACUACCAGAUGCUGCGGGUUUGGGCCGAGCGAGGCUCCCGUGCAGGCGGCGGAGGAGGAACGCUGCUGCUGCCGCUGCCGCGGCUGCAGGAGCUGCUGGACAACCUGAGGCUGAUGCAUCUGGGCCGGGCCGCCGAGGAGCUGGAGGCAAAGUACUGCAGCCAGUGACUCGGUGGGAACACGGAACCAAGUAUUGUUCUAAAGAGACGCCUCGAACGGACUCGGUGCUAAAACUAAACCAAAGCAGCAGUUGGAUCACAGGACGCCAAACGGCUCAGAGCUUCUGCUCAGAACCAUUUCCAUGCUGGAGAUCUGGUGACCAGAACUCUGCUCCUCCUGCAGACAGUCAAUAUGAAGCAGCAGCUGGUGCACUGAGUCAGGAGCCGGUUCCGUGUGCAGAUCCUCCUGCAGCCUGAAGCUCACUGAACAUCUACACAGAACAGCUGAACAGAGACACGAUGCUGAAGCUGCAGAUCAGCCGUCCAUCAUCCAUGAGCUCAGCUCAGGACACCGUUUAGUCAGAACAGGAUCAGUUCUGAAUGUUUUCUGAUUCCUCUCAAACUGAAGCUGCCAAAUCAUAUAUUUGUUCUUUUUCCUGUCAGUCCACUGAGCAGCUGCCCAAAGUCCUGACAGCAGCGUUCAGCUGCGACUGUGUUCAUCCCACAAAGACAUCAGUGUUCUUCAUGUUUACUGACAGAAAAAGUCUGUAUAUGAGGAACUGAAAACAACAUUUCUAAGCUGUUAUUUUACAGAUUUCUCUGAUGUCAGCAUCAAAUUAUUACUUAAAAUACAAAUAAGCAUUUCUUCUCUUAUAUGUUUGACUGUAAACGUACAGGAAGGCUGUAUUUAAAUCAGAUAAAACACUUUCUAUUUACAGGUAUUUGCUGUUGAUAUGGUUGUUUUUUAAUAUAGUGAUUCACGCUGCUGCCAGGUUUUCAUGUUUUUUUUAUUUUUUUUAUUUUUUUUUUAGAUUUUUUGUAGACAUCUUGGUAUUUUUUAUAAUUUAAUUUUACUAAAAUAAAAUUAAAGUAAACGUACAAAAGAACAUUAAGUCACACUUUGACAGUUUAUAGAGCAAACAGUUGAUUAUUUGACGGUGAAAUUCUACAUAAUAAGUGUUGAGCCUGUUGAAAGACGCUAAAUGUUCUUUCUUCAGCAGCAGUGUGGCGCCUAUCUGAACAUCUCAUGGAUUCCUCUUUCAGGGGACGUGUCCUCAUGCUGGGCAGCAACAUGACGUCUCACCUCCCAAACGCUGCAAACGUUUGUGUUGGUUUUCACUAACGCAGAAAGGUGCAAAACAACAAAAAUGACCCCAAAUGUCAGAGUUUUAGUUCACGUUCAGUUGAAUUGUGACGCUAUGAGCUCCAGACGAUGACGGCGCUGCAGACAGGCAGUGAGGUUCAGAUGUGGGACGGUUCUGUUGCAGAGCCGCUCCAUGUUUUUAAGCUAAGCUAAGCUAACUGGCUGCAGACUGCAGCUUCAUAUUUUCUGUAUUUCUGUCGGUGAGAGAAAUUCUGCAUCUUUCUAAAAGUCUGAUUCUUUCAGGCCGAUGCUGUGUUUUGAAAUGUGUGGAUUUAUGGAGUCAUUCUGAACUUCUGAUCAGCUGAUGGCUGAGAUGUUUCUGACUGUCUUCAUGUUGUAUUAUAUCUCCUUUAAGCAGAGUUUUAUAUAUCACACCUCCUGUUUAUGUGGCUAUUAGUUCCUCUUUGUGCAGGGAAACGCUAACACUGUUUAACCAGACCAUAAAGUUAACUGGUGAUGUUUUAAUGGCGGUUCCCAGUUCUGCGGCUCCAUCAGAACAAAGCGAGGAACUUUGUUGUUCCUGCCUGCGUUGGCAGCUGCUCUCGGCUCCAUUAGCAUUCCUUCGUGCCCCAUCAUAGCAGCAUUAUUCAUGACAGCGGGACACACCUCGUCUGGCUGCAGAUCACUGAUUUGAAGCACAAACACUCCGACUGAAGCAGCAGCAAACUGUUUUACUGUCACGUUCACAUAUGUAGAGCUCCUGAACUUUAAAUAAAGUCUCCUGUAUCGGUGUGUGCACGUUGUGUUGUGGAUUAAAUCAGUGUUUAAUGCCGACA